AUGGCUACGAGUAAAACAUCACAGGCCAUUGUGGAGAGUGGCGGGGAAAGUCGCAGCUUUGUGGGUGCGCAAGGGAACACCGCCAGGGCACUCAGCCACGGCCACAUAACCCCUACGACAUUGAGUUAUAGCAGCAUCCAUGGCCCGAACUACGGAACACCCAGGCGAAACAGCGUCAGUGUGUCUUUGCUAUCCCCGAAUCCGGCGAGCCCGCCCACGUUCAUGUUCUCCAGCGGGGUUGAGACAGCCGAGCGCACCAUCACAUCUAUUAGCAGCUCGGCUUUACCGCUGUACCGGAAAGAGGUUUGGCUCAAUGUGUCAGAGACCUCGCCCCCGAUGCAGCACAGGAAAUCAUAACAGUGACUACAAGCC